CCUACUAUGAAAGAAGUGGUGAAAAAUGAAGUGUUGAAACUAUUAGAUGCAGGAAUCAUAUAUCCUAUUGCUGAUAGUAAAUGGGUAAAUGCCCCAUUUGAGUGGACACAAGAUUGUCAAGAGGCCUUUAAAACGCUAAUUGGCAAGCUUACCUCAGCACCCGUAAUGCAGCCACCUGAUUGGACUUUACCUUUUGAGAUUAUGUGUGAUGCAAGUGAUUUUGCUAUAGGUGCUGUACUUGGACAGCGAAGGGAGGGAAAGCCUUUUGUCAUUUACUAUACUAAAUUUGACAUCACCAUCAAAGACAAGAAAGGAGUGAAGAACGUAGUGGCUGACCAUCUCUCGAGGCUCACAUUUGAGGACACCUCUGACCACCUGCCAAAUAGAGAUGAUUUUCCCGAUGAGCAUUUACUAUCUAUUACUUCUCUACCAUGGUUUGCUCAUAUUGUGAAUUAUUUGGCUGCAGGUGAGAUACCGGUGGAUUGGAGCGCUCAGGACAAGAGAAAGUUCAUAACUGAGGUACGUAAUUUCUAUUGGGAUGAUCCUUUUCUUUUCAAAUACUGCCCUGACCAAAUUUUAAGGCGUUGCAUCCCUGAUGAAGAGAUUGCUAGCGUCUUGGAAUUUUGUCACUCUCAAGCUUGUGGGGUAGAUUAUGUGUCAAAAUGGGUAGAGGUAGCAGCUUGCAGGAGCAAUGAUAAUAGGACGGUAAUCAAAUUUCUCAAAGAGAAUGUGUUAUCUCGAUUUGGUACACCACGUGCUAUCAUUAGUGAUCGGGGUACACAUUUUUGCAACCGUUCUUUUAAGGCUUUGAUGAAAAAAUAUGGGGUGGUACAUAAGAUCUCUACUGCCUACCACCCCCAGACAAGU